GAAUAAGAUUAUUAUAAUUAAAAUGGAAGGAGAUCCAAUGCAGCAUGAUGAAAGUAUGAGUGACAAUAUUACCGCUGCACAUGAUGUCUACAGCGCAAGCGAUGGCUUCUCCACAGCAUCAGAAUCUAUCAACAGCGAGAGAAUAGCAGACUUUGCUUCACAACCAAUGGACGGACAAAGAGAAAUAGAUCUUAACGAUGAUGCUAAGCAGAUAAUCAAAUGUGUACAUGACUUAAAGUUCAAAGAGAGAAGAGAACAUGCAUUAGUUGAGUUAUCGAAAAAGAGAGACUGCUUGCAGAACCUAGCCCCUGUGAUUUGGCACUCUGUUGGAACUAUAUCUGCACUUUUGCAGGAGAUAAUUUCUAUCUAUCCUUACCUAGAUCCAUCCAAGAUGACUUCAACUCUAUCCAACAGAACAUGCAAUGUUUUGGCUCUAUUGCAAUGUGUGGCAGCUCAUCCAGAUACAAGAUCUGCUUUUAUCAAGGCUAAUAUUCCUUUGUUCCUGUAUCCAUUUUUAAACACAAUUAGUAAGGGUAAAGCAUACGAAUAUCUUAGAUUAACUAGCCUUGGAGUGAUUGGAGCUUUAGUGAAAGUUGACAAUCCUGAGUUCAUUCAUUUCCUACUCCAUACUGAAAUCAUCCCCCUAAGCUUAAGAAUCAUGGAAAGGGGUACAGAACUUUCCCAGACAGUUGCUACUUUCAUUAUUCAGAAAAUUCUGACUGACAGCACUGGUUUGAAUUACAUUUGUCAAACAAAGCAGAGAUUUUUCACUGUUAUUACAGUGUUGAACACAAUGGUCAACAACCAGAAGCAGACACCUUCUCAGCGUCUACUCAAGCACAUAGCUAGGUGCUAUCAAAAACUAUUGGAUAACAAUAAGGCGAAGGAUCAUCUUGCUGAGAAUUAUCCAACAAUCCUUACUGACGAAACACUAGAAAACAGUUUCGAUGAAAAUACCAAGAUCAUCAUUGAUAAACUUAGAAGUAUAGUUCAGACUCACAGAGAAAUGAUGGAGAGCAGGAAGAACCAGCAAGACCCAAGAUACCAUAUGAUGAAUAAACACCCAGGACAGAACAUGAUGGGGGUUGAUAUGGAGCAACCAGGAAUGACUCACGGAAAUAUGCACCAUCCUCAUAGUGGAAGAACAUCUGCAGAUAUUGGUCAACCAAUGUUUCCAAGACCUAAUUCAACAAGUUAUCAGCCACAUGGGGGCCAAAUGUAUGGUAGAGGCCAAAGACCUUUUGUCCCUGGGCAAGGUUCACAACCAAUGAUGAGACCUGGUUCUACAAACACCUCUUCAAUGCACAUGAAUCACAAUAUGGUGCCUCAUAUGAUGAAUGCUCAGUCUCCUCCAAUGCAUCACGCUAGCUCACAACCAGUAAUGAUGCCUUACAUGCAUCAGAUGCCUGUAUCACCUACCCCAAUGAGUGGAUAUCCAAGUGAUCCUAACGGAGAUCAGAUGAUGAGAAUGAACUCAAACCAGUCUCCUUACUACCCACAGAUGGCCCAUGCCUCACAGCCAGGUUAUCAUCCCUCCGGAAUGAUGUCUCCUGGCAUGAUGCAACCACCCCAGAACAACAUGUACUACCCAAGCAUGGGUACCCAGUACAGACCAGUCCCUCGUAAGGGAGUUCCUCAAAGAGAAGACUAAGUUCUGCCGAGAGAGCAGAGUGUUAGUCGACUAAUAUUUGAGGAGAACACAAGUCUUUGGAGUCAUCCUCCUAUAUUAGAGUUGAUGUGCUUUCAGCCAUCAUUUUACUUCACUUUUCGUAUAUAAAAUUAUGAACAAAUUUUCUAC